AUCAAUUAAAAGUAAAUUUAAUGUAUAGAAACUCAAACUUUUCAUUCUAAGAACCAAAAAAAAAAGAAAUAGAUUUUUAAGCAGUUGAUAGACUUCUAGAGUAUACAAAACAAACUCAUUAAAAUUCUUAAAGAUAAAUAUAAUUACCAGAUUAAGAUGAUAAAGAAAAAUAUAGAAAUGCUAGACCUAAUUCAUUAACUCAGAGAAUCUCACUUUAUGAAUCAAAUUAAUAAUAUAAAAGAGAUAGAAUAUCAUUUUAAGAUAUUGACUUUUGUAAAAUUGUUAUGUUUUUAAUGGCUGCUGAAAUAGAAAGACUUAGAGAAUAAUUAGAAGAAAAUUUAAAUUAAGAAUAAAUUAGAAAGAACUUUGAAGGAAUGUAAUCUUCUAUUAAUCAAUGGAGACUUAAAUAUGAAUAAAAGUAAUAUAAUUAUUAAUAUUCUAUAGAGAAGAGGAAUGUGAUCAACUUAGAGAAGAAUUAAUGAAUUUUAAAUAAAUUAAUAAAGAGAAUUAUGAAAAAAAUGCUUAAACCUUAUAUUUGCAAAUUGAAAAACUAAAAAAUGAAAUUCAAGAAUCUUAAUUACAUACAAAACAAAAAUAAGAGGAAAUUAAUUCUUUAAAUUUAUAACUACAAUAAAAAAAAACAUAAUUGGAUUAAUCUGAUAUCACUAUCAAAAUGUUAAAAAAUGAAGUUCUAAACUUGUAAAAGAAACAUGAUAUAAACUAUGAUUAAUUUAUUAAUGAACUUAAUAAUGAGAUUGAAAACCUGUAAUAAAAUUAUAGAAAAUUAUACAAUGAUUAUUAGUAAUAUAAACAAAGUCAAAGUUAAAUGUAUGAGUAAUAGACUUAAGUACCCUAUUCUAGAAUUUAAAGUUAAUAACAAUAACAAUAAAUUCUAUAAGAGAAUUAAGAAAUAAAUAUGUUAAAUUUGAUGAUUCAAUAAUUACAGAAUGAAAACACAAAGCUUAAGGAUGAUUUAUUUAAAUAAUCAAGAAGAACUGAAACAUGGUGUUGUUGA